AUGCGUUCUGUCGUUCUUUUCCGUGUGGCUUUGGGCCUAUUGGCCGUUGACUUUGUGGGUGCGAGCCCCUGCAAGCCCAUCUCAACCGCGACUCCAGAUGCACCUACUGAGACAUCGUUGGUCUCAUCAAUUGAAUCCGCAACAACCAUCGAAACUGCAACAUCGGUUGCUUCCGCCACUUCCACUGCUACCACUGAUUCAUCGGCCGAGACAAGUGAAUCGUCAAUCGUCCUCGAAACAUCCAGCACCAUCGAGGCUAUCAUCAUCACCACCACGGCUGCCCCAACGACCGAGACGACAUCAGCUGCGCCCAUACCUACUUUCACCGUCCUUGCUACCGGCCAGGGUCCCAUGGCGGGCAGAGGUCUACAGACGUACCCAUACGAUACCGCCAUGGCCGCGUUUGAUGCAGCUCCUGGUGGCGAUCCCGCUAUGAAUGCACAGGUCUCGCCUUUCACCAUCGACUCGCAAGGUAGACUUGUCACCGGACUGGGCCUUUUUCUCUGCGGACUCUACAGUCCGACGAAUUUCUUGCUCGACGCCCCUGCCGUUGUGACAACUUGUAAUGAUGAGACACCGCUGCGGCGAGUUUUUCUGAAUUGCAAGCUGAGCACUGAGCUCAAGGUCCAGUGUUCAAUCCCAGCCGUCUCGUGUGUGUCUACGGGUCCUGCUCCGUGGGAUUUUCCAGCUUGUCAGGCGGCUACUGGUACUUGGGGCGUACUUUCCACAGCCAUAAAGGGACCUGGCCAUGUCCUUCAUAUUGGAAACGACAAUACUCCUUCUUACUAUGACCGCCUUGAGCUGAGUGCUGAAAAGGUGUAAAGAACGUUGGAAAUCAUGCUACGAUUUCAAGACCGUAUGCUAUAUAUGGAUUCGAUUCUAGACCUACCAUUUUAGACACUUAAUUACUCAUAAUAGAAAUGUGACUUGGAAGUAAAUUAUCUCAAGUAGGAAGAUCUAUCAAAUUCUUUUUCAA